UAGUCGUCGCUUACUUCACAGUCUUUGCACAUUUUGACAAAUGGCGGCACAAGUUGAUAUCUAGCAUCCCCUGUCAGUUAUGAAUUUUUAUAGCGUGUCAUUGUGAAACUUUUACUAAUCUAUUUAUUCUUCACAUAUUUGAUCAUGUUGCCGUCGUGGGUAGCGCGACAGGGGGAAGUGGGUGAUCUGAGAAAUAAAAGUAAAGAUGAGCUCCUUGAAAUACUUUCACGACAAGAAAAGAUACUGUCUAAUAAGAGAUUUAUUCAAACCCUCCCAGAUAAGGGGAAGAAGAUUGCUGAGUUUGUGGAGAAAGUGCAUCUUGCACUCGGGCAUCUGGAGGAGGAGGAGCGAAAGCAAGCAGGUUUAAUCUCUGUCCGGACAGAGUUUCAGUCGAAAUAUCAGCAAGCCCUUGCCAAGCGAAGCAAAGAUAAGCAUUUAGACUCAAAAGUGGACACAGUUAUCCCAUCCCAUGACAAAAAGGAAGCCAAUGUCAAUAGUGAUGUGGUUAACGUACAGGAAAAUGGUGGUCUGUUUGGCCAGGAGGAGUUUUUGACAACCCGUCUGCAGGCUGCUGAAACACUAGAAACAGCCGGUGGGAAUGCAGCAGCCUCAUUGCUGAAAGACACAGAGCUUGUGAAGGCAUUUGGACGAGUAACAUUUGCUGAAAGCAAUAAUGGCUCUAACAAAGACAAUAUCAAAACUCAGCCUCCAAGUAAGCCCUUUCUGGACACUAAGCCACUGAAGAAACCACAUUACAUAGAAGUCCUGGAGAAGACAGAGGAAAGUGUGAAUAUGAAGAAAUCUAGAUUCAAACCAAACCAGUUAAUUGUAAAAUCUGAGUCUCCUUCAUCUAGUCACGCGUCUGGCAGCACCACACCACUAACUGCAGAAGCCAGAAAACAACAAGAACGAAAACACCUGGAUGACAUCACCGCAGCUAAACUUCCACCCCUGCACCACAGUCCAGCCCAGUUACUGUCAUUAGAGGAGUCGGCAGCCCUUCUGCAAGAGCAGACCAGAAAGCAGCUGGAGAUGCAGGCCAAACAAGCUGCCCAGAAGCUGGCAGAUGGUCUUAGUAUCAGGAUGGAGAGUUACAACCCAGAAGGAGGCCCACUGGCAGCCUAUAGAGAGGUGCAUGAUGAUGGGGCCCUGCUUUCUUCAGAGGAGGACUGAUCGUGGGGCCCUACAGGGAGGAUACUGGCUUGUUGAUAUGUUUGGCCCCUUGCCCUGGACCAGCUCUCGGCCUAGAGCCCAUGCUUCAGGACCCUGGAGAGAGUCUUUCAGCUUGAGGACAAGAGAAAGGCCCAGAAUCGGCAAAUCAAGAUGAAUAAUAGCAGGUUGCAUCUAGCUAUUCUGUAAAAACUAGACUGUUUUUGCAUGUGGAAAUGUUAGUUUCUCUCAGUAACAGCUUAUCUUGGCAAGCUGAUACCAAAAAAACUUACCUCGACAGGUCCACACCUGUUGUCUUUUACAGAAUAAUAUAAUUUGAAGCUCUUAUCAGCCAUACCUUCAAGGGUGUAGUUGAUAUGUUAUUGCGAAGAUGGUAAUAGAAUAUUUUUGGAUGACCUUUCUUAGUGUUUGUUCAAGCAAAAUCCCCUGAUUCGAGCCCUCAAGCUUGUGAUUGGUUCUUUGAAUCGGAUAACAGAAACCGCAGUUUCAUAAACUAAAGGUGGAAGCACUUAAUGUUUUGUCACUUGAGCGCAACAGCUUUGGAAACGUCUGUCUCCCUCCCUUUUGUAGCAUUGUUUUGAUAACCGCCCACUGGUUGAUUGGAGUGAGUCAGCCAUCGUUUGAAGGGUGGGAUGUUGUUAUCAGUGCAGAAAUCUGUGACAUGCCUCAGAUGAUUAAUAUAUGUAAUGUGAAAUAUCGAGGCUUGAAGGAAUUACACCAAUUGGUGGAAUACAUCUGGAUUGUAUUUAGAUCAUGUUUCUGUAUGGCAGUGCAUUCUGGGAUGGCAGUGGAUAGACAGACGGAACAUAUGGUAAAUUCAGUUUCCAAAGUCAUCAGCAUUGAUAAAGCAUUCAUAAAACUGACUUCAACUCUCAGGAUGUAAACAACGUGUUUCUUUCUUGCAUAUGAUUCAGGAAUCUUUAUAUUUAAAUGGAGAGUAGGGAGUUUGAAGAGGGAGGAAAUCCAAAUCUGCACUUCUCCGCAGUAGAUGACCUGUGAUAACCUCUAGUAAUUGCUUCUGCCCGUUGAUGGGAACUGCUGCCUCAGAAAAAAAGAGAUCCUAUCACAUCUCGCAGGUUAGUGUUUAGACACCGUGUGUGACGAACUCCAGAGUGCCUUACCCAGACGUCCUGUGAUAAAUAUGUCAGUCUUGUUCAGAAAGAAUCUCUUCUCUACUGGUAUUAAUUAAGUCUACCUUGCAUAAAGACUGUUAUCAAUUACACACUGGAUUCCUGCGCUGAUCAGAUUCGCUGCUGAGUACGUAGAUACGCUUGAGUUGGAUUCAAGCAUGCGUUCUGACAGUGUCUUUAAGUUGUUCUUUUUUAGCUGCAGUUUUUGCUUUCCACAUACCUCCACACCCAUCGUCUCAGAUCAAUAAACGGCUCAUGGAGUCAUCUGUAAGUGCUUUACGAGUGUGAAAUCAUGCCCUGAGAGAAUGGGCAAACUUUCUGAGCUAUGAGGGGGAUAAACUAUAGAUUUUCUUUUUUUAUCCUGGAGAACCCUUCCAACUGACAUCAAUAAAAACACAUUUUCUGCAAUGCA